CCAUUCACCAAAGUCUCCGAGCCCUGCUGGGCCAGUCUUUCGAGAGUAUGGCUUGCGUACCACUCAUAUACUGGCGAUCUUCACGUUAUGACGAUGCGCCUGCAUGAGGUUCAGGGCAAGGUUGUGCACAUUGCGUCAAGCGAAGUGAGCAUAUCAGAUCUCACGUCCAUCAAGACAAUCUACAGCCCAGGGUCCAAGUCCCGCCAGUCCGACUUCUACAGCGUCUGGCAGGGAAGGCGCAAAUCUGACCUGUUACCUGAACGCGAUGAUCGAGUCCAUUCGGCCCAGCGGCGUCUCGUCAGUCGCCCGUAUGCGAUGACAUCGUUGAAAGAGCUCGAGCCAUACGUGGACAGCGCCAUCCAGGUGUUACUCGAGAAACUUGACGAUAUGCUUGGAAGAACGGUGGGUUUAGGCAACUGGGUUCAACUCUACGCUUUUGGUGCGUUUGCUUCCUAA